CCCCAAAAUGGACGACCCCAGCAAGCUUUCCCCUCCAAAGAGUUCAAAGACUACACCCAGCUCAAACACAAAACGGGGGAUCAAAAGUGGCCAGCUUCAGCCCUUUAGACUCCAAACUGAGCAACGAGGACAAAUAAAAGAGCAAGCGUUUACGAAGAGAGUGCAAGAAUUGGUUGCUGAGGAGGCCAAACAACGGAUUCCUAUGGCGCAAGGUUUGCCAUUGACUACUGAUAAACCUCAGCAGAAUUUACCAAGACCACCCGUAAAGGAGCAGACAAAGCCACUAAAUACUAAGCUACACACUGAGCAAAGAGCAGCCAGGCGUGCUGGAUUCAAUAACCUGGUCUCUAGCAAAAACUAUUCCUUGGAGAUCCUUCGGAGAUUUGAAGAGAAGCUCCUAAAGGUUAUAGAAGAAGAGGAGAUAAAGACGAUGAGAAAGGAGAUGGUUCCAAAAGCGCAAUUGAUGCCAAUGUUUGACAGACCAUUCCUUCCACAACGGUCGACAAGACCUCUAACAGUUCCAAGAGAGCCAAGUUUUCAUUUCUUGAAACAAAAACUUUGCAGCGGUGGCGAGCCAUACAAAAUUCAUCAACACAUUAACCAAAAUAUGAAGGCUGUCAAAUAAUCAACUAGGAAAGCUACCAUUCAGGAUAGGCCCUUUUGUGACGCUUGAAUUGCUGUGCAGGAGUUCAAUAUAGUUUUGUUUUUUGGGGGUGGAGUGAUGAGAAAAUGGCCAGCCAUUUUAGGCCAAACCAUCUGCGACUCAUUUGUUUAUGAGAUUAUCAUGAAAAUCGUAAUAAGGGCUUUUUUUUGAUGCCAAGAUGCUUUUUGUAAAUUUGAGAAUCUGAUGGGUUGUACCUUUUUUU